UUGACUGUUACAGAACUUCAACUCGAUGACGAUGGUUGCCCGAUAUGCCCACUAUGCGGAGAGAAACUUAUCGAAUCAGAAUGGUCGCACCAUAUCGAACAUGAGAAAAAGAAACUUCUCGGAGUCAUUCAGAGUGUCAAAGAGUCAAGACUGAUGGAACCGUCAAGUAACGCUGAACAAUCACGAAGAAAGCGUGAACUCGAACUAUUGAGAAUAAGAAAUAAUCAGCAAAAGCGACUGGCUUGUGAGUUGUUCUUUAAUAUUGCACUUAUUGUGGAUAAUAUAGCAUAUAAAAAGAGAUGA